UGUGCUGAGUGAGGUUGUGGACCUUCUGUGCUUCACUCAUCAUGUUUCAUCCGCUCGUACUAUCUACAACUUGAAAUGCUUGUUUUUUGAAACUUCACUCUGCUAUACAUAAGCUUACUCAAGUUUUUACGUGUGUUUACCAUUUUUCAAAGUGUUUACCAGUGCGUAGUGAAAGGAAUGUUCUGGGAGUAUCUUUUGCUGGCUGAGCCUCGCAGGCGCUUAGAUUUCUCCUGCACAGCCUAGUUCUUGUUGGCAAGACUCGGUCUUAGUAUUCACAAGUCUUUUAUAUUUACCUUCUUCAGAUCGCUUUAGAGCUUAAAGUGUGCUUAUGUAACUUGGUUAGGCUUACAUGUGUAAUAUCUGUGUUCGGAACCACUUUGUGUGGUGGCGUUGCGUAGACAACAAGUUUGCGGUUACUAACCUGCUGACUAGAAAGACCAAGUGCCAUCGCCUGAGGGUGGCUCAGAGCAACUGGCCUCUGAGCUGCCGCUACAUCACAGCACUUACACGUGAAGCUUGGUGAGCUAUGCUUACCGCAACCAUGGUUGCUGUGCCCGGCCCCACAUGUUAUGCGGAGAUGUUACAGCAACACCACCACUCCCUGCCUCACCAACAACUACAGCCACAAGCUGCUCAGCUUCAAACGACUAACAUAGCUGCGGUGCCACAGCACAUGUUGCCACAACACAUGCUGGCCCAGCCUGUGCAGGACAGUGACGUGGCCUGUGAGACACCCACUGUAGUGCCCUCGUCUCUAGAGGAAGACAUCACAGCGAUGCCCGAGACUUGUGAUGCGAAUGCCGGCAACCAAGACGGAGUAGAAGCGGUGCACCAGCAGCAACACAUGCAACCGACACAUAUUCCUCCUCAACUCAUCCACCACCAAGGCGCUCAAAUGCCCACCCCCUUGAGUGCAACCAUGCAACUUAACCAUGCCACCAUGCCUAUGAACCACUCAACCAUCUGCAGCACCACACUCACCAACAGUACAAGCAUCCCUGUCGUCACCUCCACCAUUGACAUGGCAGCUACCACUCCCUACCACCAACCUACCCUGCCGCCGUACUGUCCUGAUUAUUAUGGUCGUGAUUACUACCACCCACAACCACCAGACUAUCACCCACAACCAGCAGACUACCACCCACAACCAUCUGACUACCACCCACAACCAGCAGACUACCACCAGGCUCCACCACCACCGGAAUACCACCAACCUCCUCCAGGGGAGUACUGCGGUGCGGCGCAACAUAUGUGCAGCGGCCUGCAUGUUCCCACAGGGCCGGCGACGGUGCGCAUGGUGUCCACCAACAGCAGCCCUCCCAUCGCGCUCCCCGUCCAGGUGCCCCCCGGCCACGUGUUGCAGCAAAUUGUGGACGAGCACGGCACUCUGCAGCACGUCAUCUUAUCCUCCCAGCUGCCCAUGUGCUACCAUAGUGGCAAUUCUGGACAGCCCGGAGCCCAUCAGUUUUAUGGGACAACACCACAUUCAGGCAACACCCAAGGCUACAUUGCCUCGUACCAGCCUAACCCUGCUCAGUAUUCUCCUGUCAUGACCCCACCCUCAAUGACCCAACCAUCAACUCCUCCUCUUAACUAUGGCAAGCAAGAACGACAUCUUGCAGGUGGGCGUCAUUUUGACAAGCCCCGCCAGAAGUUCUACUCAAGACCCCAGCAGCAGCAGCAGCUGUCUGCCAACCAUCAGAUGCACUCCAACUACACCCACCAAGCCGGCCGCACUCCCAACAACGUCUGCCUGCUGAACACUCCACCCACUUCCCCGAAGAAAGAUGACGCGGCGAGAGGACGUGAUGAUGAACGAGGGGAGGAGGGCGAGGACAUGCCCGCCCCUCUCGCGGAGCUCCUCUCUCACAUCCCACUAAUUGAGGUAACGAACGUGACGCCGUUCAGUGCAGUAGUGCAGUGGCAGCCUCCCCUGCUCCCACACUUCUCCCCCCCGCAACAGUAUUGCCCAGACGGUAGCCAUGAGCAGCCUGCAGGGGGUGGCAGGAAUAACCUGGGCAGCGAUGAGAUGACAGUUGACGCGGGGGUCAGCUACACUGCAGCCGACGUCAGUUACACGGCGGCUGAUGUUAGCUACACAGCGGCUGACAUCACCUAUGAAGUUUUUGUUAACGGCCACCUUGUGGGUUCAGUAACGGCUGCCACCAGCUAUCAGCUGCAUGACCUCAAGCCGGGCUACGAGUAUAAGCUGCAGCUGCUGUGCUGCUGCGCUGGGAUACGCGCCACAUCGCUGAGCCGUGAGGUUAUCUUCGUCACUCCAACCACCGUCCCUGAGCAGCCGUCGCCUCCACGACUCUUCAACAAGUCCAAGAACAGCCUCUUUGUCAAGUGGGUGCCACCUAAAGAUGGAGGUGCGCGCAUCUCGAGCUACACGUUACAGAUCACGGAAGGCAGCGCUGAAGGGGAGGGGCUCUGGAGGGACGCGUACUGUGGCCGCGGCCGUGAUUUCACCGUCAACAACCUCACUCCGGCCACCAGCUACAGACUUCGCAUUGCCGCCUUCAACCUUAAUGGACCCAGCAACUGGAGCAGGGAGCUCGUGUGCAGCACGUGUGGGGUACCCCCCGCCAAGCCGUGCCCCCCUACGCUCCUGAAGGCGACGGUGUCAUCCCUGCUGCUGUCCUGGCCCCGCCAGUCUCCCAAUGAGCGAUACGUCCUCAAGAUGGAGGACUGCCAGAACACCUACGGCUUCCUCGUUGUCUACAGAGGACCUGACAACUCCUACUGCUGCUCCCAACUGCGGCGGAGCAGCAGCUACAACUUCAGGCUCGGUGCUGAGUCAGAUGAAGGCUCGUCACCUCCAUCGGACGUGGUUUGUUACUGCACGCUUCCUGAGCCCCCAGGGGCGCCUUCCCCACCCUCCGUCAAGGGGCGCCGCAGCCACGUGCUGCGUUUCACGUGGGGUCCUCCAGCAGACACCGGCGGCGCCCCCAUCCUCAGCUACAGGCUGCUGCUGGAUAGUGGCAAUGGAUUCGAGGUGGCGUACGAGGGCACGUCGUGCGAGUGCGAGUGCCGCGAUCUGACGCCAGGCAAAACGUACGCGGCAGCGGCUCAGGCUGUCAGCAGCGGCGGGGAGGGGCACUGCAGCAAGCCUGUCAUGGCCACCACUGAGCCAGUUGUGCCUCAGCAGUGUCCCCCGCCUGCCCUGGCAGCCAAGCCCAAGGCCAACGUCCUCCAGCUCAAGUGGGACCCACCUGCAUUUGACGGAGGCUCUAUCGUCACCGAGUACAACGUUGAGCUGCAGCAGCCCCAGGGUGACGCGAGACUCGUCUACAGCGGCGUCAGCCUCGCCUGCACCGUUGCUGGUUUGCUGCCUGGUCGACCCUACACGCUGCUGGUGCGGGCGGUGAACGCUGUGGGCCCUGGCCCCUGGUCUGAACCACUGCAGGUGGUGAGUGGACCCGCUCCUCCUGAGGCCCCUCGAUGCCCCCAGCUAGCCUGCCGCUCCCCUACCGUCGUCUGCGUCAGCUGGGACGAGCCUGCCAAUAACGGCGCUUGUAUCGAGGCCUACAACGUAGAAGUGGCUGAGGUGUCGCCCUCACACCCGGAGUCAUCAGAAUCGUCAUCGACGUGCGGAGACUCGGAGCCCACAGAUCUUACGUUUACCCACGCCACAUCGUCAACCACGACGAGCGCUGAAGUCAAGCAUCUCCAGCCCGAUACGUCGUACGCUAUGCGGGUGUGCGCUCUCAACGCGGCGGGGCUUGGUGGCUUCUCACCACACUCCAUCGUCAUGACCCCGCCUUCUGCGCCAUCGGCGCCCACCCACGUCACGGCCACCGUCACCUGCACGUCCAUAAACCUGAGAUGGACAGAACCCAAGUGUAAUGGCGACCCUAUUCUCCAUUAUCUGAUAGACCUGGCUGACGCCGGGCGAUCUAUCGCCACCGCGGGGCCUGUGGUUGAGUGCACGAUUCCCGACUGUCUCCCUGAUACUCAAUACAAGCUAAGAGUUCAAGCAGUAAACGGGGUCGGUAUCGGUCCUGCAAGCGCCACUUUUAAGUGCCACACGAGCCGCCUACCGCCUGCGCCCCCCGCGCUCGAGCUCCUCAAGGCGUCCCACAAUUCGCUGAAAGUUUCCUGGGGCGAGAAGAAGCAGAGUAUCCUCAAGAACGACCAGCUCACCUACUGCUUGCAAAUGGAAUUCCCCAACCCGCAAAACCAAAGCCUAGAGUUCUACCAAGUGUACUGCGGCUCGGGCACCUCGUACAGGCUCACGCGACUGGACGAAGCCACCCCUUACAGGCUCAGAAUUUGUGCGUCCAGCGAGGCUGGCGUCGGACCAAACUCAGAGCCCGUCGAGUUCCGCACCACAUGGGCGCCUCCUGUCGCCCCUAAGGCGCCUCGAGCAACCGAGCGUCUGGAGGAGGGGGCGGUGAAGUACGAGGUGGAGUGGUGCCCCGUUCGCUGCCACGGCGGCACUCCCGUCACCUACGUCCUCCAGGCACGCAUCGCCACCAAGCAGCUUGAUUACACCACCGUGUACACGGGAAGCGACACGCGACACGUGAUGGACGUGUGCCCUGGAGCUCUGUAUAACGUACGAGUCUGUGCCGUACGCCAGCUGCAGGGCGGGCAAGGGACGCUGCCAGGCGCAUACUCUUCACCCACGGUGUUCAACGCCCCUGACGCGGUGCAGCCUACCAGGCCUCUCAGCGACAACACUCACCAUCGUGGCAGCGCCGGCGGGCGGACGAAGCUCUCGUGGCAGGACCUGACGGACGCUCAGAAGGCGGCGCUGCUGGUGACGGUGUUCUCGCUGCUCGCAGCGCUCCUUGCAUACGCCCUCGCGCCCGCCCUGCACACUUGAGUCGUCACGACAACAGCACCUCAGCUUCUCAUCAACACCACUUGAUGGGAUUAAUCCCAUUUCACUAAAUAACAAUGCAGAACAGUGUUCGUUUCCCAUAACCGUGCAUUUUAUUCCUUUCAAGUUUAUUUUUUCUACUUUUUUACACAUAUAGUGUUGCAAAAUAACUUUCAUUGCUGAUCAGGUUGAAAGGCCGAAUACGGUUCGUCCUAACCAGCACGUCGGGCUAUAGCCUUGAUGAGUGCUCACUGGAAAGCACGUUAGUUACCGCAGUUACGGCCGGCCACACCAAAUGCUGGACCUUAAUUAUUGUUCAAUGUGGUGAGAUAUUUCUUGGUGUAGCAAGUCAUAGUAAACGAUUGUAUUUUCUUAAUAAAUCUAUUAUAUGAUUAAAGUAUGGAAUAUUUUCAUUGAGAUUUGUUAUUGGAUUGUAAUACUAUUGGGUUUGUUUUGUGAGCGCCUCCACGCGUCCAAACCAAAUAAGGCGCUGCUUUAGUCUUCUUGCAAGGUCCUGACGGCGACUGGAGCACGCACCAAUUAGGGUAGCUUCCUUUCAAAAGUUGUUGACUUCUCAAUGAAUUUGUACGUUCUUUAGUCGUGAGAAAUAGUUUCUCGAGAGAAGCCACCCGAUAAUUAGGAGCUUGCUGUCUAUUCUCUAUAGCUAAUUUAGCUUUUCCCAUGAGAUGCAGGAAAUGUAUUUUUGCAUCUUGACUUGACAGAUGAUGUGUUGGGUGUUGGUGCCUAGUGAUGUUGUAACCACAGCUUUCUUGUUACUUGUGCAGGAAGUUAUGGGAUUUAUUUCUUGAUACGUGAUGCGUCAGGCCGCAGCUAGCUCAUAACUUGUAGCAUUUAUUAAUGCGUUACAUUACUUGAUCACCUGUUAAUAGUGUACGGUUAUAUCAAGUUCAGUUUAGAUGUGAUCCUGUGCACUCUCGGCACUACAGGUCAUAAGUUGGCUCGUAUGUAGAGCGCAACUGCAUCGUUUAUGUGUGAUGUUUGGUAUACAUGUGUGUUGUGUGUGCACGUCUUAAAGCGCUUGUGAGUACCGCAUUUCGUUAAAUCGGCAGUAUGCAAUGGCUGAGAGCGCUCGCUUCAUCAGCAGCUGUCAAGGUUCAAGUCCUGCGUCCCAUUGCACUACAGUGAAAACACUCCCUCGGUUGAAGCUUACAGCUGACGAAAGUCACGAUUACAAUCUUGCGUGGAAUACUAAGCAGAUUGUUUUUGUUCUCUACAAUGAUUGAGCGUGAUCUUGUUAUUGUUCUUAUAAUAUUCGGAAUUAUCUCGCCUGAAAACGGAGCUGCACAAUUCACGAGUUAUGACUGAAACAACACUUCUAGGAUUUACAACAUCAUGAAUGGCAAGAGCUAAUGGAAGCCACGUUUAUUCGUUACCUUCUAUUUAUUUGAAGUAUUAGAGUUUUUCUUGUUAUGAUUUAUCGAGGAACGAAGUUGGAGUAGGGCGCUGCCAGUGCUUAAUCAUGUGCAUAGUUGGGUGGAGCAUCAUUGCGCGAUGGCAGCUUCUCUUGCGUGCUAUCUGGCGCAGCAAAAAAUAAGCGCGCACAUCCUCUCUCAUUAUGCUGGGGGGAUUUGUGAAUCUGAACUGUUCACGUCUUGUCUUAAUAUUGCUUGGUGGGUUCUUCUGGCGUGGGGUAAGUGUUUGCUGCCUUGUGAGCAGCCGGCAAUUAUUCAACGGGUAUGAAAACCUGGAGAGUUAAGUGGCGGGAGAAGAAGCUACUGCAGUAGCCUGUGUAACGUGUGUGAUUACCCUAAAGUAAAACAAAUUCAACGUGUCUCAACAUUUAUUUGCAUUUAAUGUCGAAGGGUGUAUCGCUGACAUCAUUAUUGUAUCGGUCCUUUGACAUAGGCAUUUAUUUAUAGUAUUAUAUUCUAGGAGAUAACUUUUGUUGCUUUGUCGGGAUUUUUUUUAGUACAGAGCUGUGGGACACUAUUAACUGUCUUAUUUCACAGUGUUUUAUUUUAUUUUCUUCCAUAUCUAAUUGUAAUAUUGAUGUAUUUGUUUGUAACUUAUUAUUUGUAGGUUAGACAUAGUUUAGCUAGUUUUGAUACGACAUCGUCCAUAUAUCAUUGAGACUUGACGACCGUUGCGCUCGAUUGCAGUUGUUGUUAACUAUAGUAACUCGAGACUCGGUCACUGACCCGGACACUGCUGUGUUGAUGGUCACUAGCACUGCCACUGCUGUGUUGACGGUCACUAGCACUGCCACUGCUAUGUUGACGGUCACUAGCACUGCCACUGCUGUGUUGACGGUCACUAGCACUGCCACUGCUGUGCUGAUGAUCACUUGAGAUAUCGACAUCAGCCAAACACUAACAGCCGCCAGCCAAACACUAACAGCCGCCAGCUAACACUAACAGCCGCCAGCCGACUAUUGGGAGCCUCCAGUCACCAUCACCACAUGACGUCCUCCAGCCUGUCGCGACGCUUCAUUACGUUAGCCUUGCUACUUGCAUCGUCGCUGCUGUCACUCAAAUACAUAAAUAUAUAUACCGAUGAACAAGUUAACUCUCUAAACUAGAGCUGGUGGUGUUCUUAUGCCUAAUAUAAGUUUCAGACUUUUUUUAUAUUAUAUGUGCUUUGAAUAUCUCGCUGUUACUUUCUACGGUUGCAUUAUUUAUGAUUUUACUGCAUUUGGCGUUUGCGUUUUAGUUCUCCCCUAGUCGCUUGUUACAAUUCCUAUUUAGCGUGCUUUAUUUUACAACAAUAAUAAUGCUCGAGUGCUGGAUUUUCACGGGAUCUUCAUCACUUCCGGUUUCGAACAUUUAUGAUAAGAAUCCAUUCGCUAUGGCGAAAUAGCAUCAGCGUUGCUCUCGUCCCAGAAAAUGUCUAGGUACUUGCUUCGCGCCGUGCAUUAUUAGCACUUUUAAGGUCGCCCCUUUUUAAGUUCAUUGUUGACAACGAAACACUGCUUUAACGACCAGUCUUGCUACCCGUUUUUUGUUAUGGUUGGUGUCUUAUAAUUAUUGUUGUCUUAUGCUGUAGUUCUCGUUAACCUAUCUCCGUGUUAUGUGCACUUAAGCAUUUCAUCGUCCUAGCUUGCCUUUUUAUUAAUGAGUGGACACAUAACUUUAAUAUUACCUACCGACCUUAUUUCGAUGGUUCGAGAAUUGUCUUGAAUGCACCACUCCUGCACAUGUUACUUGUUCGAGUGUGCAAUCUUAAGAAAUUACCAGUAUAUAUUUCUAUUGUGAAAGCUGCUGUGCCAGCUCCCCUGUACCUUGCAAAGUUGAUCCACGGCCUCUUCCCACCCACCGGAGGUGGGAGGUGCACGACCAGCAGCAGCGGCUUUUCAGCUGAAACUUUGAGGUUACUUGGAAUUAUAACCUCUGAGUUACCCGGGGUAAUAGCUGGACAGUAGCUCGAAGUAAUAGCCGUAUAGAGACUGGGUAUUGUCAUCCACGUGAGGUUACGCCCCUGGAAGCACGUGUGGCGUUUGAUCUUCUAUGUAGACUCUUUGUUGUUAUGAUAAAAAGCUGCGUCUUCUAAAGAAAGGCUGCCUGGUCUGUGGAGAUUCUGCGGCUGCAGAUGUAGCGCCGUUAUGGGGUAGGUUGUAUGAGGGUUCAGAAUAUAUCUUCACUGCAAUUCAUUUUGGUUCCGACGUUUUUGGGGAGUCGGAAUGAAUCAAUUCUUGAUCAAAACUGUGUAUAAUGAUAAUGACAUAAAAUAGUAUAUUUAAUCUCGUAUAUGAGUAAUAUUCUACUCGUAGCUCUGCUACCGUAGAGUAGGAUGUUGCCCGCGAUCAGUUUGUGUGCCUUAACGUCUGCUCUUCUUUCCUUCACAUUCCUUUAUUGCCGGUCUUUACUUUGUUCCGGCAACCAUGACGGUUAUAGACCUAUCACUCUGGGCAUAAUUGUUCAGAGUGGCCUGGUCACGUUGGAGUUGAUCGUCUUCAAGUCGAUGAAAUUUCUGACUUCUCAUUGCAUUUAUUACACUAUAUUCUUUUUCGCCUAUGUAUUGACUUGUGAGUUCUAUUAAACUCGCGCGCUACUUUCAGUGUGUGUUCUGAAGCUUACUAUAUUGAAAUCUGCCACAAGACGAGCGCUCGUGCCUAAAAUUCCAUAGCCACUAGACGAGUGCUCGUACCUAAAAUUCAUUGGCCGCAAGUCAAGUGCUCGUACCUAAAAUUUCUUAGCCUCAAAACGAAUGCUCGUACGUACGGCUAAUUAUCUCGAGCCCAUCAUUCCUUACUAGCGAAACUUCUUAAUUUUGAGUAUAAGGUUACAUGUAUUUUAUGCUUUUCGUGAAGCACGAGAGGACCAACAAGCCGUUGCCGAUGCUUUCUUUGCUCUAAGAUUCCCUGGAAUGUUUUAGUUUAUUGCAAUAUCAUAGUUGAUGUAUUGUUGCAGGCGCAAUUAUUUUAGUGUUAUUCUUUCAUUUACUCACACGUUGUGGACUUUUAAUUAUUGAAGUCGCGCUGCACGAGAGGUAGUUUUGAUACAAGAGACAGACUUUGUCAGCCUCCCGUUCUGCCAAAGUUCAAUCUAAAAUAAUCGGCUAAUUAACUUGCUGAAUACAGCAAUGCUUAAACUCUUCAUACGGCAGUCCUUACUUUGACUUUCUGACCAUGAAUACUACUCAAGUUGUCUGUGCUGUGUAUCUUCGUGUAAUACUAUCAUAAAAAAGAUAUUCUUUAUACAUGAAUAGUUUAUGUAAAUGCAUAUACUCACAUAUGUCUGCAGAUAUCAAUUAUAUUGUUUUUUA